CUGGAGAUCCCUCUGCCCCCUGCUUAUGAAGCGGUGGUGGUACAAAUGACAUGUGGAUCGGUUGGACGAAACCCUUGGUCCAGGGGUGGACACACACACACACACGCAACACUACAAACCAUAUAACACUACUGGCCAAAGAACACUGGUUACAGGGGAUGGCCAAGACAUUGCAUUCACUUGGAGACAGAUGUCCCAAACCUGUGCGCUCAGAUGUGGCCUUGCUUUUUCGCUGCUUGGGCGCUGGGUUCUAGAGUGAGCUUGAGAGCGAAGUUGGUCGAAACCUAUGAAAGGUGGGACGAGAGAACAACAGGAGACAUCCUGCUUAACUUCGCAACAUCGCAGGCUUCCGAUGCUGGAUUGGCUAGCCAAGCUGCAGCCCGAGCGGCUGAGGCUGCCAUUUUGGACAAUGUCCAGGUCUCAUCACGAGACGUUUCUCGACUUCGGAGGCUCCAGCAGCGGCUUUCUGAUGGUACCUACAACCCUGCUUGGUUAGCAGCAAGACGAUGGAGGAUCACCGCCGGGCGCUUCGUUGCUGUCCGAAGGGUAGCCAGGCACAGGGAGCUUGCCAGAGAGUGGCUGGACCAUUGGUGGUACAGGGGCCAAGAGCGGCUGAAUCACAAGAUCAACAGGUCGUUCGCAUUUGAAGACCUGACGCUCGAAAAGUAUCAGAAUCAACAAAAAGGACUGAGAAGUGUCCAGCAUGUGGGAUUGCUGGUCGAUCCUGAUAUGCCUUGGUUGGGAGCCUCACCUGAUGGUCUUGUGAUGUCGACGGAGAGGCCUGAAAUGCCGUUGCAUUUGAUUGAAAUUAAGAGUUGCAGAACGUUGUUGGGAAGAAAGUCUCCUGCAUGGCAUCAAGUACAAGGUGCAAUGGCCAUUGCAUCGGGUGCAUUCCACACUCCAGUGACCAUGUGCAAAAUAAUUGAUCCUGUGGAAACAUAUACAAUCUACUUUGACGAGUCGUGGUGGAAGAGAUUCCUCAAGCGUUUGAAAUCUUUCUACUUUGGCAUAUUCUUGCCAAUGGCUGCACAGCAGAUACUCCAGAAACUUCGAUGAGAAGGCGACUAAGAAAACUUAUAUAUAUAUAUAAUCCUCCACUGGAUCAAGAAAGUUGAUGCUAAGUGCCUAAGUGGCUGCUUUGCUCAGCUCCGUGUGUAUGUGUGUGUGCGGAACUCGAAUAAAGAAACUGGGAGAGGUCUGCAGCCAGCCCUCAGCGGCUGUCGUUUGAGUCCUUCGCCUGCCAAGAUGUAAAAGCCUCAAACAGUUUAGAUCCUGGACCAAUGCCGAGCAGAACAAGAGAUAUUUAUAUAGCUACAUUGCAUAUAUUUCCAGAACAGUGCAGGCAUGAUUGAGGUCAUAGAAUCAGACAUAAUAUAAAUCAGUGGGCUGCCCUUCAGCACAUUCAGAAAAGGUGGAAGACAAUGAGUGAGCAUUGUGGUAGCAGCGACAUUUCCUGAAUGGCACGUUGUUCCUCCCGCAGCUUUUGAAAAGAACCUGCUAGUCACUCUAUGCUCAGAUUGCAGGUUUGUCAUCGAGGUGGCAAUGGUCGAAGCUGAGAGAGAUUGGAGUGACGAACGCCCCACUGUUGUCACAGGCCUUGGCCAGUGAUUUGAAUGGUCGCCUUCGUGCAGC